AUGAGUACCCCAGUGUAUCUCCUCCAGCUUCUCUGCACCAAGGUCACCGUCGACCUGUGGCUGCCACCACCUACUGGCCCUGUUUCCAAGGCUUGGGAAAUUACCGAGAAGAUUGAAGAGGCUGUCAAGGUGACGAACGAAUUCGAAACGGUCAACGGUAUGACCAUAUCAUACGCACGUGGGGAGUUUCGCUGUCGCUCCUCCAAUAACGAAAAAAAGCUCGCCGUUCUGAGAAUUCACAAGCAGGUUUCUUUCGCUGGAUCUGAUCGUGACGAUCCCGAAGAUCGAAACCACAAGCUGUUGAACCAUAUGGAUCGCAAGAGUUGA